AUGGAUAACUAUGAGUUUGUUUUCACUUUGCAUUUGAUGAAACAUUUAUUGGGAAUAACCAAUGAAUUAUCCAUUGCCUUGCAAAAGAAAGAUAAAAAUAUGAUUAAAGCCAUAUCAUUGAUCCAAAGUGUGAAACAUCAGUUGCAAAGUUUCAGAGAGAAUGGAUGGGAAGACAUACAUGAUCAAGCAACAAAGUUUUGUGAAUUGUAUAAUAUUUCACAAGUUGAUAUGGAUGAAAUUAUACCACGCCGUGGUUAUAAGAAGUAUGGAGCAGAGUUGAUCACAAAUUUGCAUCAUUAUCGUGUAGAGAUUUUUAAUCAGGUGGUUGAUUUAACUAUUCAAGAGAUGGAUAAUCGAUUUUCUGAAGCUAGCACUAAGUUGCUAGGAUGCAUAUCAUGUCUUGAUCCAAGAAAUUCUUUCUCUCGAUUCAAAGAUGAUCAAGUAAUCUGUCUUGCUACUUUAUAUCACGAGGACUUCUAUGCAAAUGAUUGUUCACGUCUUCCACUUCAACUUAGUAAUUUUAUUGCUAAUGUACAAUGUGAUCCUCAAUUUGCUGCCUUAAGCAACUUAGGAGACGUUGCUACGGAACUGGUCAAAAGUGGUAAGCAUUUGAUUUUUCCGUUGGUUUAUCGGAUUAUUGAGUUGUCAUUGGUUUUACCUGUUGCUACUGUUUCUGUUGAGAGAGCAUUUUCUACAAUGAAGACUAUCAAGACUGACUUGCGAAAUCGGAUGGGAGAUGAGUGGAUGAAUGAUAGUUUAAUUGUGUACAUUGAGAAGGACAUGUUUUCAACGAUUGAUAACGAAAAAAUCUUGCAACGUUUUCAAUCGAUAAGAACACUCAGAAUUCAGUUGCCACCGCUUUAUACGUAA